AUGGAGAAAUACGGCCAGUAUAGGGACAAAGUAGCGUGGCUGAUCUGGCUCUUCAUCAUCCAGUGGUUCCCAGCAGGCGGCAUCCUACGUAAAGCAAACCAAUGGUGUCUCCUCGGAAUCCCAGGCGUCUGGUGGAUCGACCUCCAAGUCGACGGCGUGCGACGAGGUUCCUUGGCCCAGACACCACGAGGACGACUUCCGUACCCUGGUACCAUCAUCGCAUCGAGCUAUACUUCACCGCUAGAUGUGCUAUACCUAGCAGCCAUCUUCGACCCCAUUUUCACUCAGAGCUUUAGGAACAGCAGGCACGUCCAACCCAUCUCCCAAGAAACAGCCCUUGCAAACUGCUUCAACAUCGAGAACCCACUGGAACGCGGUAAGGAACAUAAGACUACCGAUCUUGCGACCCUAGUGAAGCAAAAUCCAGGCCGAGUGAUCGUCGUCUUCCCCGAAACCACCACAAGCAAUGGCCGAGGCAUAAUGAAACUCUCACCUUCCCUGCUCUCCGCAGCAAAAGAUACCAAAAUCUUCGCCGUCUCCCUCCGCUACACACCCGCGGAUGUAGUAACGCCUAUACCCGGCUGGCUAGAAGUCUUCCGUUUCAUCUGGCGUCUGAAUAGUCGACAGACACAUUGUAUACGCGUACGAAUCGGGCAACCAAUGACGAUAGCAAAACUCCCCGCUUCCUCUGGCGUCAGCGGUGAGAGCUCGCCUGCUGCUUCGCCGGCAGGUAAGAGUAAUGCGAGGUCGAGAACUAAGGAGGCGAGAAGGAGUAGCAAUUUCGAGAGUAAUUUCUUUGACACAUUGCAAGCCGAGACUACACAGAAAGUGGCGGGAGAUAGGGAGAGUGUCGGAAGCGAGACGACGGAUGAGGAAGGCGAGGCUAUGUCUGCUGUAGAAAAGCGGGUGCUUGAUGCAGUGGCGGAUGAUCUCGCCCGGCUUGGAAGGGUGAAGAGGGUUAGUUUGGGGGUGGAGGAGAAGGCGAAGUUUGUGGAUGCGUGGGCCAAGGGGACUAAGAGUCGGAAGUAG